AGUUUCACUUGAUUACGGAAUAAAAAUGGUGUCUGGGCAGCGAGCAACGUGGCAGCGACUAGCAUGCAUGAAAGCCACCUGGUGUAAAACACAGCACUUGUCGACACGUGUCAGCGGCACACCCAUUUCACCGACCUGAUAAAUUUACAAGACGCCUGAAGCCUGCUCCGAUCGAACCUAUAAGCUAAAGAUCGAAAACUUUUAAUUGGAGUUGAUAACUAACGAUGGCGUCCAGCUUGAGGCCAGCGUUUGCGUACACCAUAGUGUACGUGAAAGACGUCGCCAAGUCGGUGGAUUUCUAUGGAAGAGCCUUCGGGUGCAGCGUCCGGCGGUUGGACGAGUCGCGGCGGUGGGCGGAGCUAGAGAGCGGGCAGACGACGAUAGCCUUCACGCCGGCCCACCAGCACGAGACGGACCAAAUCACCGGCGCCGUCCAGCUCCCUCCCCCCUCCGCCCCCGUCAGAGCCCCCCUCGAGCUUUGCUUCGAUUACUCCGACGUCGAUGCGGCUUUCAAGAGAGCGGUGGAGAAUGGGGCGGUGGCGGUGAGCGAGCCGGAGGAGAGAGGGUGGGGACAGAAGGUGGGGUACGUUCGGGACAUAGACGGCAUGGUCGUGAGGAUGGGAAGCCACGUGUCCACCCCCGCCGAUCGCGCCAGCACUGAUUAACCCAAUCCACGUAAGAGAAGCGCAGAACGAGUCUCUUGUUUCGUUCAGAUGUAUGAUAAGUUAGGUGUUGUGAGCUUUUUCCUAUUUUCAUAUUUUAAUUAAUUUUGAAUAAACUAUAAUAAAAAUCUGAUUUUGUCCAA